AUAUUCAAAUGCAUGUGUAAAAAUCUGUAAUUUUUUUAUUUCAUAAGUGACGACAUACAUUUAAGGAUAUUGUGAAAAUUCGGCGUUUGUCUAGAAAUAGAAACGAGCGUUGACAGUGAAGAAUACGAGGAAACGGAAAUUAAAAACAGUAUAUGUAACUGCGAACGACCCUAGGAUAUAUCUGGGAUUAUCAAGCCAUUAUUAAUAUAUUUUCGCAAUGUUUUAUUAUACAACAAUAACAACAAAUGGGAAAAAAAAAGAAUUUUGUAAAACGUGUAGCUAAACGUUUUAAUAUACUACAUAUUUAUAUACAUACAUAUGAUUGUUUUUUAAUACUUUUUUGCUAAUCAUCCAUAACUUUUUUGCGUGCACAGAUAAAAUUUCAAAAUCAAAACCAUUUAAAAACGGUAAUUAUCAAAACCGUACAUAAUUAUCAAAUACGUGAUAUGUACAUAUGUAUGUAGGUACGUAAAUAUGUCGGCUCAUUUGUAUGUGUCAAGCAUGACUGCAUUUAGAAAAUAAAAAAUACAUUAAAUAAAUGUUUGCGCGUGUACUUACAUACUUGUACACUUAAGGCUUAAAAUAGAUAACAUGCAUAAGUGAUAAAUGACGUGGCUGAUUAUACAUACAUACAUGAGUACAAUUUUGUGUGUGUCUGUUUUAUUGUAAGAUUUAUUUUUAUCUGUAUUUCCAGGAAUAGUAAUAGGAAAUGUGCGACAUUUGUUUUAUGUAAAUAAAAUACAUUUGUGUACAUAAUGAUUUCUUGCAAAUAUCAACUAUGCAUAUUGCAAUCAACCCAAUUCAUGUGAAAUACUAAACUUAAAUGGAUCGACCUAGUGAUCAUUCCUCAUACAGGAAUGCGAAAAUGUGUACGUUUGCCUACACACAUCAUACAUAUAAUUAUAACGAUUUAAUUAAUUCUAUAUAUAUUAGUAUAUUAUAUGCAUAUGCACUUAUUAAAAGGGUGUGAAAAUGCAUAUUCGCUUGAAAUUAUAUGCGUUCAUUUUUAAAUAUUUCAAUUUAUUUUCCUAUACAUACAUGUAAUGUAUGUACAUGUCAUUGUUUGUAAUUUUUAAAACAUAUGUGAUUAAUUAUUUACUGAAAGCGUGUAGUAAGUGCAUAACAAUAAUAAAAGUAAAUAUGUUUUUUAGAUAUCAGGUAUCUAAUAUAGGAGUUAUGAAAAUUAUCUAAAAGCUUGUAUUUAAAUUUGAAAUUAGUCAAUAUGCGUAUUAUUAUAGUAAACACAGCUACUUUUAACAACUCUACGGACUGUAUGUACAUAUGUGUAUUUUUAACAAAUUUGAAACUAAACUCAGGGGAUUUUAUUUACAUAAAGGCAAUAGUCUUUAACUUUAUGAACAUUUAGUGCUAUUAUAAAAAAUAUGUCUAUUUUCGAUUUAUGUACUAUUUCUACACAUAACCCAACUAAAAUUGCUUUACGCAACGUUCCUAACUGUAAAAUGAUUAUUGGAAAAAUAUCCGUUAUUAAACUAAGUUCUAAUAAAUAUUUGUAUAUAUGAGAAUUGUUGCGAAAAAAUAAAAACCUAAAAAUAUUUCUUAAAAAUAAUUUUAAUAAAAAAUUUAUUAUAACCAUAAGUAUCGCUUAAAAUAUACAAAUAUCAGCUGCUGCAGCAUAUCCUGUUAUCCACUUUUCGUUCCAACAAAGAAACUCCAUGGCAACCGCGUUUGUUUGGUUCGUUGAGUUUGGCUCAAUUAAUAUCCUCGGCGUUGGCACUCGCAAUGAACAAUAUUUAUUUGUAAAAACUCGCAAUGACGCUUUACUUCGACACCAAAGUUGAGUUUCUGGACUCCGAUGCAGUUAGCACUAUCGGGAAUUGGCAUCUCACCGAACCACUAUUUGCUGUAGCUUCUUACAGUCAAGAGCGCGGUGGUUCUAUAACAAUUUUCACAGAUUCGGGUGAACCUCAACGCGAUGUCACCUAUCCAGUACAUCCAACUUCGCAGGUGUUAGCGCUAGCAUGGCAUCCCGAAAAAGUUUUGUUGGCCACCGGUUGGGAGAAUGGUGAUAUACAUGUUUGGUUUGCGGGCCAUCGUGAAUUCGCUAGUGUAAACGGUCCACAUAAGGCGCCCAUAGUGUUGUUGGAUUUUAGCGAACAAGGUGGUCGCAUGGUUACCGCCGAUUCGAUGGGUUUGCUCACGGGCUGGCGCUGCGAUGGCCAGUAUCAAUUUUUGACCAUGUUCUCACAUGAUUUGCGUGAUGUGCUGAUGCAUAUAACCUUUCGGCGCACCAUUGAGAGUGAGGUGCGUGAGGAAAUAGUGAAUUUAGCCAAGGCGGCAGUAGCGGGCGAUGAUGCGGCACUCGACACGCUUACCAACUGGCGACCACGUACAGCGGCGAGGAGUAUGAUUCACGCUGGUGUCAAAGACAACCACUGUUUCUAUGUGGGUACACAAAAUGGUGUAAUGUACUACAUCAAUCAGGGUGGCGCCUGUACAGAAGUCCUCAAAAAUAACAACGUGCCCAUCAUGCAAAUGCUGUGGCAUCCGAAGAAAGAUGCCGUUAUUUGCAUGAUGGAGGAUAUGACAAUUGCUUUGUAUUUGGUGGAGUCGACUGGCAUCUUAACUGAGUUGGAUCGAGUAAAGUUGAGUGGAAAUUUAUCUGGCAAGGGUGGUGCUAUAUCAUGGGCGGGAAAUAGUCUAGCAAUUAUAACGGGUGAUCUAAGCGUGCGUAUUUGGGAUAUCGAAAAAAGUGAUAACUAUCUGCUAAAAAUGGACUUACCUAGUACUGCAAUUUCAGUAUUAGGUUCUUCGACCAGCCUCGACAUUAAUUCAGUCAGCACAAAUGUCUUUAGUAACGACAUGAGCGACAAGUCCUCGUCUACACUAAACAGUCGUAAAUUACACAAGUUCAUGCAGCCAACAAACGAGCUCUUCACUUGCCUUGCAUACAGCUGCAGCAAUCAGACGCUUUGCGCCGGCACCAAUCAGGGUAACCUUUACACUUGGAAGCGACGUGUAGGCGUCUUCGAUAUGCCUGAAGAUUCGUGGCAAUUGACCAAUAUAUCGACAGUCCGUGGCGCCGUUAAACAAUGCAUCUGGGGAUUUAACGAAUUGGCCAAGCCGUGCAUGCUGAUCAACUGUAUUUCAAACGUUUACGUGCUCAAAGAGCAACCAUUGUUAUCCUUUCACACUCGCGACCUCUGGGCCGUUCAACGUAAUGCAAAAGUUAUUUAUCUCGAGCAUGCGAUCGGCAAACAUGCGCUAAUUCAAACGGAUUUCGCAAUUGUUGCUUUAGCACUUAAUCAAUUGAAUCUGAUCAUUAGUAAUGGCCGCGCUAUAUCUGCAUAUAACAUUGAGAAGGUGCAAAAGGUGGAUGACUAUAGGAUUGAGGUAUAUACUGAUGACAGCAGUACCAAGGGCAGCAAUGAAAAGGAUUUAAAUCUUAAUGUGAAGCUUAUACAAACUUUUAAUGCGGAAUGUCUAGGUUUACACAUCCAUAAUCAGAAUAUUUUCUGUUUAACGUCUAAUGAAGUGAUGAUAUACUCCAUUGGUGGAGUUGUGCUCAACAAAAUUUUGGCAAAUGAUAAUGAAGGGAAAAUAAUUGGCAUGGACCUCACUGGUGUCUAUUUAAGUGUUUUCACAAUGAACGGGUUCGUGAAAGCUUAUGAUGUUUCUCGGCACGAUCCCAAGUUAAUUUUCCCUGGGAAAUCCGGCUACGAUUUAUUUGACGAUUUCGGUGAAGUGAUUUUAGUCAAAUGCAACACAGCCGGCACCCAUUUAGCUGUUCUAAUUGCUAAUCGGAAUUUUGUUCCAAAACCAACUUUAUAUUGUUGGAAUUUCGAACGUAAUCUUUUGAUGGAACAUAACCUUGUAAAUAAUUCGAACGAAGGCAAUACUAAUCCUUGUAUGCCCGUAAAUAUAUAUUGGGAUACUGAUGAGCCGCGUUUGCUUGCAAUUGAGGUGAAAUCAAUGCAACAAUCACAGGAGCUAAAACAAACUCCUGUCAAGUCAGGGAAAACCAUUAAUGGCAACCAAAGUAUCGAGUCCGAAAUUAUGGUUUUAUUUUUUUCCGACAAAAAUAAAUUGAAUACACUCGAAACACGUACUUUGGUUAUGGGGGAGCAACUGAUCAAUCUUUGCGUACCUAACGUGAUAACUUUGGAUAUUAAUCUGGUUAAAGAGCGUCCACUGCAAGAUUUCGUCGAUCUCAAUAAAUGUGAUCCGAACAUACGAAAGAUGGUUCUAAAUUUCAGUCUACACAUUGCCGAAGGUAACAUGGAUUUGGCCUAUCGCUGCAUACGUUCAAUUCAAUCUCCAACGAUUUGGACAAAUUUAGCAAAGAUGUGUGUCCAAACAAGUCGCUUAGAUGUGGCAAAGGUGUGCAUGGGUCACUUGGGUAAGGCGCGCUCAGUACGUGCCCUCCGACAAGCGAUGGAAGAUGACGACCUUGAAGAUGAAGCAAAACUUGCAGUACUCGCUAUUGAAUUGGGCAUGCACGAUAAAGCGAUCGAAUUGUACAAAAAAUGUGGGAGAUUCGAUUUAUUAAAUAAAUUACUGCAGGCACGUGGAAAAAUAGAUGAGGCCAUAAAUGUUGCCGAGACGGAAGAUCGUGUUCACUUAAAAAAUACAUAUUUUCACAAAGCGCAGCAAUUAAAGGAGAGUGGUGAUAUUAAAGCCGCAUUGGAAUACUUUGAGAAAUCCCAAAAUCCCGUACAAAAUAUAACACAAAUGCUACUGGACAAUCCACUGGCAAUGAAACGUUAUAUGCAAAAUUGUACUGAUCCAAAAAUGCUAAAAUGGUGGGGUCAGUACAUUGAAAGUUCUGGUGAUAUGGAUGCUGCAUUAGCAGUAUAUCAGAAGGCGGAGGACUGGUUUUCUCAAGUUAAAAUACUUUGUUAUUUGGGGAAAAUUUCGAAAGCGGAUGUCAUAGCACGACAAUCCGGAGACAGAGCUGCAUGUUAUCACUUAGCACGUCAUUAUGAGAAUGUUGGCAAGUUCCAAGAAGCCAUAAUGUUCUACACACGCGCUCAAACAUUUAGCAAUGCUAUACGCAUUUGUAAGGAAAAUGAUUUCCAAGACGAACUCUGGACUGUGGCAAGUUCUUCUCGUAGCCGCGAUAAAGCUAUUGCCGCAGCAUACUUUGAAGAAUGUGGAUCUUUCAAACGUGCUGUGGAGUUAUAUCAUCGCGCAGGUAUGCUUCAUAAGGCGCUAGAAAUGGCAUUUGAGUCGGAGCAACCUGAAGUGCUAGAAAUAAUUGCUUCGGAAUUAACCGUUGAUUCAGAUUCGGAGCUAGUGAAUCGCUGUGCGGAUUUUUUCACCAGUAUCGAACAACAUCAAAAGGCUGUUUAUUUAUUGGCAAAGACGAUGCAUUUGAAACGGUCGCUACAAAUCUGCAUGGAGAAAGGAGUGCCGAUCACCGAGGAACUUGCAGAGAUGCUCACACCAAACAAAAACGAUUUUAAUGAUGAAACGCGAAUUGAAAUUCUUACACAGUUGGGAGAACUGUUACAACAGCAAGGUGACUAUCACACGGCCACGAAGAAAUUCACUCAAGCCGGUGAUAAAGUGCGUGCCAUGAAGAGUUUACUGAAGUCGGGCAGCACAGAAAAAAUCAUAUUUUUCGCAAAUAUGUCCCGACAGCGCGAGGUCUACAUCAUGGCAGCGAAUUACUUACAAGCAUUGAAUUGGCAAGAGGAUGAACAUAUACUUAAACACAUUGUGACGUUUUACUCGAAAGGUCAGGCAUAUGAUUCCUUAGCAAACUUCUACGCUAUCUGCGCACAAAUCGAAAUCGAGGAAUAUCACAAUUACGAAAAAGCUUUAAAAGCAAUGCAUGAGGCGGCAAAUUGUUUAAAAAAACUUGGACACUCACAACAUGCACUCAAUAAUUUGGAAAAAACUAUCGCGGAUGUGCGAAAAAUAUUGGAUAUACAAAACGCAAUGAAAAAUAAUGAUAAUCAAGCAGUGAUUUCCGGUUGUAGGAAUAUGUUAAUUAAACCGGAAACACCACCAAUACGCCAAGCCGAUAUUCUUGCAAUGUUGGUUCGUGCCUUGGCUUAUUCGAAACAGUGGCCCGAAGCUGGGCGAGCUUUAAAAGAAUUGGCUCUGAAGGAUAAUGCGUGGAGUACUAUUGGAUUGGUUGACAAAGCCUUGGUGCAGAAAAUAGCAAAAGAAUGUAACCUAGACUUUGAUAUUAUAUGGAAUUCCGGUCGAAGACGUAUUGAUAUUAAAGAAAACGAACCCGAUCAGGACAACGAAGAAGAGAUAGAAGAAGUAUUGCGAUAA